AUGCGUAACAACCCACCAAGGGUUGAAACUCACGAAUGGGAGGCCGCGGAGGCACCGUUCGAGAGAGUACAUGUCGACUACGCGGGUCCAUUCAUGAAUUCUUACUUUUUGGUGUUAGUAGACGCGUUUUCAAAAUGGCCUUUCGUGCGUAUCGUGAAAAACAUUACGGCGAAAACUACGAUCCACAAAUGUAAGGAGAUUUUCUCGGAAUUUGGUGUGCCACAGACCCUAAUAAUGGAUAAUGGUAGCAAUUUUCGUUCUACAGAAUUUCAGCAAUUCCUCAAAAUUAACGGAAUUACCCCAAAAUUCAUAGCCCCGUACCACCCAUCUACAAACGGGCAGGCUGAAAGAUUCAUACAAACUAUGAAAAAUUCAUUACGAAAAAUGUUAACAGACCCUAGAAACAAUAAUCUAAAUUUAGAAAGUGCUUUACACGAAUUUUUGAUACAAUACAGAAUCACGCCACAUUGCGUCACGCGAGUCACACCAUUCGAGAAAAUGUUCAAUAGGCGAAUACACACUUGUUAUACGGCGUGCGUACCAAAUAAAGAAAGCGCCCACAAGUGUAAACGCGAACAAGAAGAUUCGAGAGUUUACGGUGAGGGAGAGCGUACAAUGUCGAAAUUAUGUUUGGGAACGGUACGCCGGUACCAAAUCCUCCGAUCGGGAGAAUUUUGGGACGACUUCGAGGAGCCACAAGUGAAGGUAGAACUAGAAGGCCCAGGGACUCAAGGCGAAGCGGUAGGACCGCAAAAUGACAGAGAACCCGAAGCAGGGCUACAACCGAACCCGGAAGAGGUACCACGAGCAGAAGAAAUGGAAGAGCCAGACCCAGCCCCGGCGCGACAGGAGGGACGUCCCAUACGAAACAGGAGGCCGCCUACGAGAUACCCGGAUCCCAGAGGCGAUCGAGAGUAA